UUUCACCGAUUUCUCCCUAAACACUCCAAACAACAACACCGCCGACAUGAACUUCUUCAAAACCGUCUUCUCCGACGAACCCGACCCGCCAUCACCCGGAUCGGACGACGAUCCCGCCCCGGAUGAGACGGAAUCGUCCGCCGCCACCACCACCACCGGCUCCGCAUGGAGCUUCGGCGGCCUGAUCCAAACUCUCGCAUCGAAAUCCGAGUCCGCCCUCGAGAACUACCGCCGCGAUCUCGAGGAAUUCAGCUCCGGCCUUAGGAAGGAGACGGCGGUGAUCCGCGAAGCCGCCUCACGUGCCGUCAAGGACCUCCCGGGCUCGCUCGAUGCCGGCGCUUCCGUCGCUCAGGAGUCGCUCGAGUCCGUUGGCCAAGCCAUCGACGACAUCGGUAGCACCGUUUGGAAAUCGACGGCGCAGAUCAUCUCUCAAGGUAGGGAAUCUCUCAUGGCUCCUGAUUUCGAUUCCGAUUCUUAUGAUUCAAGCAAUAGCGAUAGCGUUUACAGGAAACAAUUGAGUAGUGGUAGUGUUGGUCAGGGUUUGGAUUUGAAACGGUAUAGUAGGUUUGAUGCGCUGGUUCGUGCUCUUCAGAGUGAUGUGAAUACCUAUUUGGAGGAGCCUGAGGAUUUGGGGAAUUUCAAUGAGUGGAAAUUAGGGUUUGAAUUGGAUAAGAAGGGGGAAGAGAUUGAGAAUUUGAUUGAAGAGAAUGGGGUUGUUGAGAGGAUUUAUGGGGAGGUUGUUCCUAGUAGGAUUGAUCAUGAGAGUUUCUGGAGUAGGUAUUUUUACAAGUUCCAUAAGCUGAAGCAAGUUGAGGAUGCAAGGGCUAAGCUUGUGAAGCGCGCGAUUUCGGGGGAUGAAGAGGAGGAUUUGAGCUGGGAUUUUGAUGAUGAUGAUGAUGAUGAUGGGUAUGAGAUUAAGGGCAGUACCAGUGGGGUUUCUGAGCUGAAGGCGGAAAAUUCUGCUGAGGUUGCCACAGGGGGUGGUGGUGGUGGUGAGAAUGUUAAGGAUUUGGAGGUAGGAAAUGAUGAAAAGGGCGUUGCCGCUGAAUCUGAAACUGAUGGAGGUGAUAGGUUGGAGGAGGUGAAUAAUGAUCAGAAUGUGGUGUCUAAUGUUGUUGCAACUGGAAGUGACAGUGGGGAGAAGUUGGAUAUCAAAAAUGAAGUGAAAGAGGUAUCGGAAGUGAAGGCAGAUCAUGAUAACAGUGAGUCUUCUUGCAAAGACAGUGAUAUUUCAAUUGUUUCAACCCAGCCUUCAAUGCCUGGGGAAGAGGACAUCGGCUGGGAUGAAAUUGAAGAUGUUGAAAGCAAUGAUGACAAUAAAGGGGGAGUGGAUGCUGUUGAGUCCAGUACUAGUGUUGAUUUGCGGAAGAGGUUGAGUGCGGCGGAAGAAGAUGAGGAUCUUAGUUGGGAUAUUGAAGAUGAUGAUGAUGAUGAGGCUGUCAAGUCAUGAGUAGCAGGUUGUGGGUUCAGGAUCAUUAGUGGUUCGAUUUAUAAACACAAAUUGAUUACAAACUGUAUAAUUCUUUUCUUGUAACUUGAUAAUGUAAAUAGGCUCUGUUUUUUUUUAUACAAGCUUCAGUGAUAAGGUGGUCACCACGCACCAGUUGAAAAUGAAGAUUAAGUUGUAAGCUCAAGUGGACUCCAUUGUGGAACGUUCUUCUUGCACCACGUUCAAUUGUAUCUUUUGGCAAGAAGGUUCAUGUUAUUUGCAAUUACUUUAUUGAUGGGAUUAAUUACAUAAUCAUGUCAUAAACUCAUAUGGAGUCAGCUUAUUAUAGAUUUAUCUGUUGCAGCA